ACUCAGCUUCACCUCGGGGGCCCAGGAGGGACCGACAGCCCAAGGAACCGCACAUCCAUCUUUCUGUUUUCCUGGUCCUACAGCAGGAUGAAGCCUUCUAUUGCCAUCAUUUUUUGCUUCUUGAUCCUGGGAGUGGACAGCCAAAGAUGGUUCCAGUUCAUGAAAGAAGCUGGUCAAGGGGCUGGAGACAUGUGGAGAGCCUACUCCGACAUGAAAGAGGCCAACUGGAAAAACUCAGACAAAUACUUCCACGCUCGAGGGAACUAUGAUGCUGCCCAAAGGGGGCCAGGGGGAGUCUGGGCCGCCAGAGUCAUCAGUAAUGCCAGAGAGGGUAUUCAGAGGUUCACAGGACAUGGAGCAGAGGACACAAGAGCUGACCAGUUUGCCAAUGAGUGGGGCCGGAGUGGCAAAGACCCCAACUAUUUUCGACCUGCUGGCCUCCCUAAUAAAUACUGAGCUUUCUCUUCAUGUUGUUCCCAGCCAUACAGCUCCCAAGAAAAGGGCAACUACUGUUGAAUUAUUUUCUAAAACAUGGAUCCCUAGACACCCCAAAAUGCUGAAUAAAUACUAGUGAAUACA